AUGUCUAACACGGUUCCGACCAGUUCUGCACUCAGGGCUUUAGCCUUAGAGUAUAAGAGUCUGCAGGAAGAACCCGUCGAAGGAUUUCGAGUGAAACUUUUAGGAGAGGACAAUUUAUUUGAGUGGGAAGUCGCAAUCUUUGGCCCCCCAGACACGCUUUACCAAGGUGGAUAUUUCAAGGCACAUAUGAAAUUUCCACCGGACUACCCAUAUUCACCACCAUCCAUCAGAUUUCUAACUAAAGUAUGGCAUCCAAAUGUAUAUGAGAAUGGUGACCUAUGCAUAUCGAUUCUUCAUCCGCCUGUAGAUGAUCCUCAGUCUGGUGAACUGCCAUGCGAACGUUGGAACCCCACACAAUCUGUUCGUACAGUGCUCUUAUCAGUCAUAUCGCUACUCAACGAACCCAACACGUUUAGUCCUGCAAAUGUUGACGCAAGCGUCAUGUACCGCCGCUGGCGUGAUUCCAAAGGGAAAGAUAAAGAAUACGAGAAUAUUAUCAGAAAGCAAGCGCAGGUGGCGCGUAUGGAUGCAGAGAAAGAAGGCAUUGUAGUACCCCUUACAUUAGAAGAUUAUUGCAUCAAGACACAAGUCAAGUCGACGACGCAAGAGCCUCAGUUGGAUAUGACAGAUUUUUACGACGACGACUACGAUGACCUCGACACAGACUCAGAUGAGGAAGUAGACGGGGGUGACGGCGACGGCGACGACAGCGCGUACGGACCACUUCACCACACGCGACCGCGUAGUACCGUUGUCCGUACUGCUUGCCUGAACUGGAUAGUUAAUAUUAAUUUUAUUAAAUAUUAG